AACAAUCGUUGGAAUCACUUGAAAUCGGCGCAUCCAUCGAUGGUCUCGACAAACCACAAGACCGCAGUCUCGAUUUCCUUUCCGAUUCACAGGCAAACGAAGCGUUUGCCAAGCUCUUGGCGGAACCACCAACGAAGGUGCACUUUGCAGGUGAACCCAACUUAUUGCGACCUAUAUCCCCAUUGCCACGCAUACGCUGUGACUCCGCCAACAAUUCUAUGCUGCGUGAGCUUUUGCCCAAGAGUCAAGCCGCUGCGGCACCCAUUAGUCCCGUAGCACACAGUCUGCUCGGAAAACACAUACUCUCCGUGGAUAUGUUCACCAAGGAGCAUUUGAAUGAAAUCUUCAAUUUGGCGCAAAUGUUGAAAAGUCGUGUGGCAAAAGAUCGCCCAUUGGAUGACUUUUUGCGUGGCAAAAUCAUGGCGUCCAUUUUCUAUGAAGUAAGCACCAGAACCAGUUGUAGUUUUGCUGCGGCCAUGCAGCGGCUGGGCGGACGGGUUAUUUACAUGGAUCAGACGAGUUCGUCGGUGAAGAAAGGUGAAACUUUGGAAGACAGCAUCGCAGUAAUGGCAGGCUAUUCCGAUGUCAUUGUGCUGCGUCAUCCCGAACCUGGCGCAGUUUCACGCGCCGCUAAUCAUUCCCGCAAGCCCAUACUCAAUGCCGGUGAUGGUGUAGGGGAGCACCCGACACAAGCAUUACUAGACAUAUUCACCAUACGCGAGGAAAUCGGUACCGUGAACGGGCUCACAAUUACAAUGGUCGGCGAUCUGAAGAAUGGACGUACAGUACACUCUUUGGCUCGUCUGCUAACACUUUACAAUAUUACACUGCAAUAUGUGAGUCCACCGAAUCUCGGUAUGCCAGAGGAAAUCGUCCGCUAUUUAGCUUCAAAAGGUGUACUACAGAAAACCAUGAGUUCUAUGGAAGAUGCCUUGCCAACCACAGAUGUACUAUAUAUGACCCGCAUACAAAAGGAACGUUUCGCUAGCGAAGAAGAAUACCAAAAGGCCUGCGGUCACUUUGUUGUUACUCCGAAACUAAUGACACUCGCUAGCCGCCGCACGAUUGUCAUGCAUCCAUUGCCACGCGUGUUCGAGAUUAGCAAGGAAUUCGACUCGGAUCCACGUGCAGCCUACUUCCGUCAAGCGGAGUAUGGUAUGUAUGUGCGCAUGGCAUUGUUGGCAAUGGUUGUCGGUGCAAGGAACUAAACUAAAUAGCAGCUGCAGCCAUAUAAAUUCCAAUGAUAGAAGAAAAAGACAUUUUAUUUAUGUGAUUUUACAAAUAUUUUUUUAUAAUUUGUGUAUUCUUAUAAAAACUAGCAAGUAUAUUUUAUAAUAAAACUUUGACUUGU